AUGUCAUCCUCAAGUUUGGCUAAUGCUUUAUUGCGUGAUAUUAAUUUAAACACCGAUGCGGAACAUCGACAGGAGUAUUUCGAUUUAGUAGCGGCAGCUGAUGAACUGGCACUUGUAGAACUUGUUGAUUAUAUACAAGAACACAUUAUUUUAAGUGAAAAAGGAUGGCUGCUCGAAAAUUUUGUUCAAAUCUUUCAGAAAAUAUCCUCAUAUAAGGCCUUACGUAAACUUCAAGAUUAUUGUGCAGAAUUGAUAUGCAAUGAUCCUUCAGAAGAAUUUCAUAAACGUUGUGAUUAUAAAGGUACAAAUGUAGUUGUAGUAAAAAUACAAGGAUCACCUAUUGUAGUGGGUGGAUAUAAUCCACUUGGAUGGACUUCAUCAAAUGAUUGGAGACAAACCACUGAAAGUUUUAUAUUCUCACUUAGCAAAGAUCACAAAUCUGCAAUAAUAAGUCGAGUAAAAAAUCCAAGAUGCGCAAUACGUGAUACUAUUUCCAAGCAAUGGAUUGGAUUUGGAGUAGGAGACCUCCAUUUUCUUGAUGGAGUUUGUACACCACAUGAUUACGAACACAGAAUUCUUGAAACCACAAAAUUUUUGGUAGAAGAUUAUGAAGUUUUUCAGGUUUUAAACAAAGUGAAACCAGUUAAUACAUAA